AUUCAUGGGACUAAUAAUAUAAAUGGCAAAUAAUUUCACUGAAACUUGGCUGUCCAAUCAAUAGAGAAAAAUUUCAUUUUGUUAAUAAUAUACAACACUUGAAUUAUUAUUUCAUAAUAUUUUCACUAUUGCAAAAUAUUUUUCUCCAUUGUUAUUAUUGUUAUCUCACUGUAAACAUAUAUAAUUGCAGCAGGUGGUAUUUUUUUUUUAACAACACAAUUUUCUAUUUUGUUGUUAUUUAAUGGUUGACAUUUUUUUUUUAUGUAUGUGUUGUUGAUAAAUUGGCGGUAGCAAAUAAUUUAGUGUGUGUAUGUGGGCUGACACACAAAUUUUUUAUUUUUUUGUCUCAUUUAGUUAUACGAGGUUAGGUUGUGACAAUGUUAUUGAUAAGUGUUUAUUGAAUUGUUAUUAAUUGUGUCAAUACAUCAAGCAUAGUAAUUAUGACAAUAAUUGAGAUGUCAAAUGAUAUGGAAUAAAAAAUACUAUUAAAAAAUAAUUUAUGGAUGAUUAAAAAUUUUAUGAACUGAUAAACUGUUUAUUAAUAUUUUUAUUUUUUUCAAAUAAAAAAUAUUUUAUUAUAUCUAAAAGAUAAAAAACUUUUUAUAUAAAAAAAAUAAAAAUGAAUUUUCAAAAUAAUAUUAUUGAUAUAAAAUUCCUUAUCACAAUUUUAUUUCUAAUAAAUUUAUCAGAAACAACUAAUGACUGUUCAUGCAGUAAAAAUCGUGAUAAAAAAAUAAAAAAUAAUGAUUUUUGUACAACAGCCAAGGCCAAUGAAAAUAAAAAUAUUCAAGGUUGUUCUGGUGAUUUAAAAAGCAUUAAAAAUAAUGACAAUAGUAUUGAUAAAUGCGGUGAUGAAACAUGCUCCAAUUUAGAGAGUGAAAAAAAUUUCGAUAAUAAUAUAUUGUUGAAAAACAAUGAAAAAAUAGAUACAGUUAAAAUUCCAAAAGGUAUUUAUUCAAUGGGAACUGAUAAGCCAAUAUUUAUUGGUGAUGGUGAAGGACCAAAAAGAAGUGUAAAAUUAAAUUCUUUUUAUAUUGAUAAAUAUGAAGUUAGUAAUGAAAUGUUUAAAAAAUUUAUUGAUAAAACUGGCUAUAUAACAGAGGCUGAAAAAUUUGGUAAUUCAUUUGUAUUUGAUGGAUUAAUAAGUGAUGAAACAAAAUCAAAAAUUGAUCAAGCUGUUGCACAAGCACCAUGGUGGUUACCAGUUGAUGGUGCUGAUUGGCAACAUCCUGAGGGUAUUGAUUCCAACAUAAAAGAAAGAAUGAAUCAUCCAGUUGUUCAUGUAUCAUGGAAUGAUGCAAAUGCAUAUUGUAAUUGGCGAAAUAUGAGAUUACCAACUGAAGCUGAAUGGGAAGCAACAUGUAGAGGUGGUUUAUCAGAUAAAUUAUUUCCUUGGGGUGACAAAAUAUUAACACCGGAAAAAAAACAUAAUGCAAAUAUAUGGCAUGGUAAAUUUCCAACAAAUAAUACAGCUAGAGAUGGAUACAAGGGUACAUCACCAGUUGAUAAAUUUUUACCAAAUAAUUUUGGAGUUUAUAAUAUUAUUGGUAAUGUUUGGGAAUGGACAUCUGAUUGGUGGGAAACAAAACAUACUGAUGAAUUAAAAAUAAAUCCAAUGGGACCUUCUUCUGGAUCUGAUAAAGUUAAAAAAGGUGGCUCUUAUCUUUGUCAUAAAAGUUAUUGCUACAGAUAUAGAUGUGCAGCCAGAAGUCAAAAUACACCUGAUACUUCAUCUGGAAAUGUUGGAUUUAGAUGUGCAAAAGACACUGUUUAAUUAUUUGAUUAUUUACAUUUUUUAAAUACUAAAUUUUAUGAUUCAAAUGAUAAACAAAUGUUUUAUUAUUUAACAAUCAAAUACCAAUUUUUAACAAUUGAAAUUUUUUUUAAAUUAGCUUUUGAUAAAUACAUCAAAAUUGAUUUUUAAUUAUAAAUUUUCUAGUUUAAUUAUACUGUAAAUAAUUCAUUUAAUUUUUCGAAAAAUUUUUGCUUUGUGCUGCUACCUGCUAGUGAACAUGUUGAAGCACCAACAAUAUUCUACUAUGAUAAUGAAAAUCUCAACUGUUGAUAAAUCCUUAUCUAUUUUUUCAAAGCAAAAAAAAAAAUAUUAUUAUAUAAAUUUAAAAUUGAAAUUUUGUCAACAGGUUUAGAAUAAUUAAAAAAAUAAAUAUUCUAAUGAUAUUUUAAUUUAUUCAUCAAUUUUUUUUUUCAUCUAAAUAUUUAAAUUUGUGUUUGAUUUCUCUUUAAAAAAAUUUAUUUAUACAAAUCUGAUUUUAUAUAUAUAUUUUUAUUCAAACUGAUAAGAUUCAUAUUUCAAACGACAAAAAAAAAAAAUAAAUAAAAAA